AAAGAAGAAGUCAUUGCAGAACCGAGGUAACAACAAACGAACCCUACACCUUUUAAUAUAACUAAUGUUUUAUAUUUAAUAAAACUAACAUAUAAUUUACUACAAACAAACAGAUUCAAAUUCCAAGUUGAACUCAAAGAUAAUUCAAGUUCAAUAAUGGCAACAAUAUUCCAGGAUCAUGCAGAAAAGUUCUUUUCAAUUUCAUCUACUGACCUAAUGAAGCAUACAACACAGGAUGGAAAAGUUUCAAAUGAAGCCCUUUCAAAAUUGAAUGUGCCAAAAUAUCACAUUAUUCAACUAAAGCCUCGCCAAUAUCAGUUCCGUGGACAAGUAAUGCUUCAACAUGUCAUCACAUCAGUGAACAAUGAUGAUGCAGAACCCUCCAUCAUAACUCUUUCUUCAAAACCACAUCGACAAUCUGUCCAAAUAGAACCCAAGGCAAAGAAAGAACUAUUUCCAUCAACUGUUGGUACAAAUGUUGCUUCUGAUAUUUCAACUGCUGCUGUUGGUACAGAUUUUGCUUCUGAUAUUUCUGCUGCAACAAGUGUACCCUCUACAAAAUCUCUCUAGAAAGAACACUCUACACUAUAAUAUUUUUGUAAUAGGUUACUACAAUG